AACUUCGAAUAUUUUUGUAUUAUUGGAUCCUGAAACAAGUAGUCGAAAAAGCCCAACCAAAACUUGAUCAUCAUCCGCUUCCAAGUCUUCCAUCAUCACUACAACUGACGACCAACUAGUCUAGUCUAGUCUAGUCCAGUCUAGUAGAAACAAGAAGAAGAAGAAGGAAGCUGCUCUGUCCGGAAGUACGUCGGAGAUGGCGUCGUCCUCGUUUUCUCUCUCACCAUUCUCUUCUUCCCCCCGUCCCUCUCCUCCUCUACACACCCUUCACCUUCACUUUCACCUUCGUCUUUACAACAACCACCACCACCACGGUACCAUCAAGUUAGCCGCUUCAACCUCGACUCUCAUCCGCUGCGCCUCCUCCUCGCCAUCAACCACCAAAUCUUCUUCUUCUUCUUCUUCUUAUGGAAAAUCAGCCGAACAAAAGAAGAGACAUUGGAAGGUAGGCGAAUACCCUGGGAUUUCCGACUCCUCUAAUAAUUCUACUCGCCGAUUUGGAAAUGGAAAUGAAAGGCCGCCCAAGACUCCAAUCAAGAACAUCAAGAAGAAAUUGGAUCGAAAGAACGAAGCCAAAGCCUGGGCCAACACCGUCACCGAAGCCCUUUCCCACCUCAUCCACACCAAGCAAUGGCUCCAAGCACUUGAGGUUUUUGAGAUGCUUAAGGAACAGCCAUUUUAUCAACCAAAAGAAGGGACUUACAUGAAGCUCAUUGUCCUGCUUGGGAAAUCUAGGCAACCCCAACAUGCCCAUCAACUAUUUGAUACAAUGGUUGAAGAAGGACUGGAACCCACUUUAGAACUUUACACCGCAUUGCUUGCUGCUUAUUGCCGAAGCAAUCUCAUUGAUGAGGCCUUCUCAAUCCUCGACAAAAUGAAGACUCUUCCACUUUGUCAGCCUGAUGUUUAUACUUAUAGUAUCCUGAUUAAAGCUUGUGUUGAUGCUUCUCGGUUCGAACUAGUUGAUUCCCUGUAUGAGCAAAUGGCUGAACGGUCAAUUGCUCCAAACACUGUCACCCAGAACAUAGUCUUAAGUGGGUACGGCAAGGCUGGGAAAUUAGAACAGAUGGAGAAAGUGCUUUCAGGUAUGCUUGACAGCACCAUGUGUAAGCCUGAUGUAUGGACGAUGAAUAAUAUUGUCAGCUUGUUUGGUAACAAGGGUCAGAUUGAAAUGAUGGAGAGAUGGUAUGAGAAGUUUCGAGACUUUGGAAUUGACCCUGAAACGCGCACUUUUAAUAUUCUCAUCGGUGCUUAUGGGAAGAAGCGGAUGUAUGACAAAAUGUCAUCGGUGAUGGAGUACAUGCGCAAGCUUUCAUUUCCUUGGACCACUUCAACUUACAACAAUGUGAUCGAAGCAUUUUCAGAGUCAGGUGAUGCUAAGCAUAUGGAAUACACAUUUGACCAGAUGCGUGCUGAGGGUAUGAAGACAGAUACCAAGACUUUCUGCUGCCUUAUUAGAGGAUAUGCCAAUGCAGGCCUCUUUCAUAAGGUGAUUAGUACUGUACAGUUGGCUGGGAAGUUGGAGGUUCCUGAGAAUACCUCAUUUUAUAAUGCUGUUAUCUUUGCUUGUGCGAAGUUGGAGGAUUUGAUGGAGAUGGAGAGAGUAUUUAAGCGAAUGAAAGAUAAGCAGUGCCCACCAGAUUCCACAACUUACUCCAUGAUGGUGGAUGCAUAUAAAAGGGAAGGAAUGAGUGACAAGGUUUAUGAUUUGGAGCAAGAAAAACAAUUGAUUGCUCUUAGUGGUCCUAAAAAUGAUGAAGCCAUGGAGACUUUAUUUGGUGUCUGAUUGAGGGCUAAGACAAUAGUGCGGGAUUUAUCAGUAGAAGGACUGAUCAAUCAGGUCUCGACUCAUCAAGUUUUCAAAAGGAGGGAUAAGUAAUCGCAACGGCCACUGUUUUGCCUCUAUGUCUUUUGUUAAAUACUGUGGGAACCUUUGGACUUCGGUAAUCUUCCAGCGCAAGCCAUUGAAGCAUGACGUUUAUGUAAAAUUGGCAUCCAGGUUGUGAUUGAGGUUGACAUUUUUUUUUUUCCAUUCUUCAAGUCAAUCUUGGUGUGCUGAGCGGAACUCAGUUCCAAAAAGUGCCUAUGCGCUAUUGGCUUUUCCCUCUUUGGCCAUAUUUUGGUACCGAGAAGAAAGUAAGACCAAAUAUUUGUGUCAGUUCGCACCCUGGUUUCUUUUGUACUGCUGCUACAUUAUCCGUUGUUACUGCGUUGGCUUGAAGAUAAUUUUGUAAAGCUGCCUUUUUACUUCGUUAUGAAUAACUCCAUGUAUUGGAUUGUUCUGCUCUUCCAACUAUUGUAAUUUGCAAA